CUGUCUUAUCUCUGCUAUGUUGCAUGCCGAGAGAUGGAGAGCAGUUGGCAAGGAAGAAUGCCCUUUAACCUUUAAUAUGGCAUGAAUAUGCUGUGAUGGACUUCAUCUAUCGGUGGAAUGAGUGUCGUGGAACAUUAAGACCAUUCUGUCAUGGGGGACUUGAGAGAUGAGUGUGGGCAGUGAAGACGACGGGAAGGAUGACCUCUAUAAGCUGAAAGCCCCUACCGUGCUCCAGAGAUGUGCUGUGUAAACGUUAAUGUGCUCUGAAUCUGCAAUGCUCCGAAGGUGGCUGUUAACUCUGGUGGCCCGUGUUGGGGUCAUAGCACUAGUGGUGUGCUGCUGCCUGUCUCUACUCUACCUGCUGGCCUGCAAACCCCAGAGCAGCUACAGCCAUGAACAGGCCCAGGUCUGGGCUGGAGGAGCCACCAGUAAAGAGGGUUACCUGGCGCUAUUGCAGGAGAGCGAGGACACACACAGGCACUAUAUUAACAGUCUCAGUAAGCAGAUAGCUCAGCUCAAAGAGGCUCUUCAGAUGAGGACCCAGCAGCUGCAGGAGUCUCUGGAAAAGGCCAGGGCCAAAGGGGUUCUACCUAUGGGGCUGGAGGGCCUGCAUAGGCCCCAGACACACACCGACCUCCAGGAGUUCUUCAAGGCCCAAUUGAGCCGGGCUGAGGUCCAGUCUGGUGAGAAGUUGCCCAGUGAGUACGCCGUAAUUCCCUACGAAAGCUUCACCCUGCACAGGGUGUACCAGCUCGAGAUGGGUCUGACCCGUCAUCCAGAGGAGAGGCCUGUGAGGAAGGACCGGAGAGACGAGCUGACAGGCACGCUAGAGAUAGCCCUGCAGGUCCUCAACGGACCCCGGAAACACGGGGAGCGCCGCCGACGCUCCUAUUCACCAUCGGACUUCAUAGAGGGGCUGACCCGUACAGAGCGUGACAAGGGGACAGUGUAUGAGCUGAUGUUUAAGGGCGAGAGGCCGCAGGACUUCAGACAGCUGGUGUUCUUCAGACCCUUCGGCCCGGUGGUCAGGGUGAAGAAUGAGAGGGUGGACACACGCCACAUGCUCAUCAACAUCAUAGUACCACUGUCCAGGAGGGCUGACACAUUCAGACAGUUCAUCAACAACUUCAGAAAGGUGUGCAUCCAGCAGGAAGGGAAGACCCACCUCACUGUGGUCUACUUUGGCAGGGACCAGAUUGACGAGGUCAAAGCCAUCAUGGAUCAGACAUCCAGGGAAACCCAGUUCCGAAACUUCACGCUGAUCCAACUGAAUGAGGAAUUCUCUCGUGGGCGGGGCUUAGAGGUGGGCGCACGGGCCUGGAGGCGGAGCCACAACGUGCUGCUCUUCUUUUGCGAUGUCGACAUCCACUUUACCCUAGACUUCCUCACAUCCUGCAGACUCAAUGCAGAGCCUGGUAAGAAAGUGUUCUACCCAGUUCUCUUCAGUCAGUACAAUCCAUCUCUUAUCAACAAUAACCAGAGUCCCUUCCCUUCUAUUCAACAACAACUGGUGAUCAUGAAGGAUGCUGGAUUCUGGAGAGAUUUUGGGUUUGGCAUGACUUGCCAGUAUAGGUCUGAUUUCAUCAACAUAGGUGGGUUUGACCGGAACACCAAAGGCUGGGGUUUGGAGGAUGUUCACCUAUACAGAAAGUACCUGCACAGCAAGCUGAUGGUGAUUCGAUCUCCCUCCCGUAGCCUCUUCCACUUGUGGCAUGAGAAGCAAUGCGCAGACGAGCUGCAGCCAGACAAGUAUAAGAUGUGUAUGCAGACCAAGGCCAUGAGCGAGGCCUCUCACGGCCACCUGGGGGAGCUGUUCUUCACACAGGAGAUCCAGGAGCACAUGGAGAGGCAGAAACUACUGAACGACUCAAGUCACUUGAGGUAGAGGUUGCCCCAUAACCACAGAUCUAAGAUCAGAAUACCCUACCCUUUAUCCUAGCCUUAACCAUUAGGAGGUUGAACUAUAUCUGACCCUGGACCUGUGGUCAGGGUUAGGACAUCAGUACGUCUGGAGAGGUUCUGUUGAGAGAACAAUGAUCUCAUCAUCCUACAAACAGAAUUUAAGGACUGGGGAGGGCGUGUAGAGGGAUGAGACAUGAACUUUGUCAUGAUAAGAUUAAAAUGUUAUUGAAUGAAACAUUGAUGUGAUGUCAUGUACGUCGUUAUUGCCAUUUGCUGACGGAUGAUGGCCUAAUGAUCUGAUGAGUCUGUUCUAUGAGCAUUUGGUUGAAAAGACGUUGCAAAGAUGUCUUUCAACUUCUUGUGCUCACUGGGUGAAAGCAGGGAGGGCAGAAGAACCUUACCCACUUUGUUGUAUUGAGACUGUCAACCUGCUAUGGACUAAAUGAAAAUAAUAGUUUUGUAUAAAUGAAGGGAAGGAUGUUUUUGUAUAACACGCUGUAUUUAUAACUGUAUCUGAAUAUUUAUUAGAAUAAUACAAGAUCAUAAUGCCUCAACCAACCAACUGACUUUGAGCCCAUUACCUGGAUAGAAGGAUCAAGAAGCCUAAUUAAAAGAAUGCGGAUUGCA